AUGUCUGCAUCAGCUUCAGCAACAACCGCCGUCGUGCCUACGACGAGCGCUCCUUCUUCUAGCAACAAUGGUGGUGGCCCGACCAGCUCGCCUUUGCUCUUCUUCGUUGCUUUGGGCUUCGGUGUUGUCUUCACCAAUCUCUGGAUCAUCGUAGGUGUCAAGUACUGCUUCCGCUACAACCAGCGCAAUCGAGCCGCUCGCGCCGCUGCAGAUGGCGAGCCCAUCGAUCUGGCCGCCAUGCCGCGCCCGCACCGGAGAAGAAGAGAGAAGAAACUCAUGACAAUGGACGAGGUCAAUGAGCGCUUUCCGCUUACCAAAUAUAAGCAAUGGAAGGCCACGCGGGAAAACAACGGCCUACCUGCUGCCGGUGGAAUCCAGACUGCUCCGACGAGCCGGGCUGCCAGCCUGAAGGAGGUCGAGGCCACGACAUCCCCUGAUGAGGAUUCCGCAUCGAGUCCCAGGCGUGAGACCACUCUGGAGCUUGCUCGAGAGCAUCGACAUGAUCACGAUGGCGAAGACUCUGACGACGAAGACGAUCCUAUUCGUACAGCAGUGGCGCCGGAGAUGCUCGCCGAGCCUGGAGAUAACUGUGCCAUCUGUCUCGACACGCUGGAGCACGAUGACGAUGUGCGAGGUCUGACCUGCGGGCAUGCUUUCCAUGCCAGCUGCGUGGACCCUUGGCUCACUGGCCGCCGUGCAUGUUGCCCACUUUGCAAGGCUGAUUACUAUGUACCAAAACCUCGUCCGGAAUGCGACCCGGCCGAGCAACUGCCAUCUGGCCGCCGUACCACUGGUCUCAGGUCUCCUACCUCGCCUCAGGCUGCCUGGACCGGCGGUCGAAGCAAUCCCUUCUCUCGAUCCCGCGUUGUAUACAUCGCCCCUCCCCCUAUCCAGAGCGGAAACAACACGAACGGGGGUCGUAACAACCUCCCAUUCGGCCUAUCCAGAGUUUUCAAUCCCAAUCCUGCACGUCAAGCCCGUGCAGCCGACAGUGGUGAGGCGCCGUCUGGGACGAGUGAGCCCACAAGUUGGAGGUCAAGGCUGGGGGGAUCAAGGCAGGGGGCCCCCAUCCUCAACAACAGCUGGUUUGGCCGCAAUCGGCGAAAUGAGGCGGCAGGAAAUGCCGCUGAGACUCGACCCACUCCUGCGCAGCUUGAGGCUGGCAAUCGGUAG